CUCACCUUCCUUGAUCACUUUCCUUGUAACACUUCUCACAGAAACACAGAAGAGUGACACAAAGACACAAACUUGAGAACCCAACUGGUUCUAAUGGCGAGAGGCAGAGGGGGAAAGAGGAAGAGGGAACAAGACCCACGAACCCAUCGAACUGAACAUGUUGUUGUCCGAGUUGGUGAUGUUGUUCUUGCUGAGAUGAAGGGUGAUGACAGUUUGGGGAAUACUAUAAAAGAAGAAGCAGAGGGGGUUGUGAGUGUGAAGCAGAAGAAGAGGAAGAUGCCUGUGAGGGAUUGCAAGAAGGGUUUGGUGGGAAAUGGUGACGAGGUACUAAAGGGGGUUGCUUUGGGAGGGGAAGAGGUUGCUGUGAGGACUCUGAGGAAAAGAUCUGAACCGAAUAAGAGAGUUGAGGGUGUGGAGGCAGAGAAUAAGGGUGGGAGGAAAGGUAAGGAGAAUGGUGCUAAUGGUGCGAACAAGCGUGGUGGGAAAGGUAGGAAAAUAGAGGUGUUAGUGAAGGAAGAGGGGAAGAAAGGUGUAUUGGAAGUGAAGGGUGACAUGAAACGCGGUGGGAAGCCUGCGAAAACUGAGGAGGAAGGUGGGAAGAGGGUACAGCAUUCGUUUAGGCGUCUGAGGGAUCAGGGACAUCUAUCGACGAAGGAGCGUAAAAAGUGGAUUGAGGAGGUGUCCAUGAUGUGCCACCAAUGUCAAAGGAGUGAUAAGGGAAGUGUUGUUCGAUGCAAAAAGUGCAAGACAAAGCGAUAUUGUGUCCCUUGUAUAGAGAAUUGGUACCCACAUACAUCACAGGAUGCCAUUGCUGAGGCCUGUCCUGUAUGCUGUGGAAAUUGCAAUUGCAAAGCAUGCUUGCGCUUAGACAUACCUGUUAAGAAUUUGAAAAACCAAGAUUUAGUUCUUGACAAAGGUGCAAGGGUUGAGCACUCUAAGUACUUAAUUCAUGCACUGCUUCCAUCCUUAAAAAGAAUUCAUGAUGAACAAGAGACUGAGAUGGAAAUUGAGGCAAGGAGAAAAGGAUUAUCCAACUUGGAGCUCCAGAUAGCAAAGUCUGAUUGUGCUGCUGAUGUUCGCGUGUAUUGCAACAACUGCAGAACUUCUAUUUUUGAUUACCACAGAAGCUGUCCUAAAUGUUCAUAUGACCUUUGCCUCAUUUGUUGUCGGGAGAUUCGAGAAGGAAAAAUGCAGCUAGGCAGAGGGGAAGUUAUUUUGGAGUAUGCUUCUCGGGGCCUGCCAUAUUUGCAUGGUGGAGAGGAAGUGGACAACAAAAAAAGAAAGGGAAAGAGAGAUAGGAAUGUGCUGGAGCCGCCCAUUGAAUCUAGUCCCAAAAGUUCUGGAAAGCAAACAUUUGAGUGGAAUUCAUAUGAUGAUGGACUAAUUAUUUGCCCCCCAGAGGACAUGGGAGGCUGUGGCAGUGCUAAUUUAGAACUGAGAUGCUUAUUUUCCAAAAAUUACAUCAAAGAGUUGGUAAAGAAAGCAGAAAAAAUAGAUGAAACUUCCAAAAUAUUGCAUUCAAGUGGAACUUCUGGAGAGAGGUGUUCAUGUCUCAACUCUUUGGAUGAUGCCAAUUUAAGCAUCAAUACAUCAAGGAAAGCAGCUUCUCGUGAAAAUUAUGAGGACAACUAUCUGUACUGUGCAAGGGCUGGAGAUAUCCAAGUAGAGGAUCUAAAGCAUUUCCAGAAGCAUUGGAGUAAGGGUGAGCCUGUCAUUGUUAGCAAUGCACUUGAUACUGCAUCUGGUUUAAGCUGGGAACCAUUGGUCAUGUGGCGUGCUUGUCGUCAGAUGCAACAUAUUAAGCACGGUCAACAUUUGGACGUCAAAGCAAUAGAUUGCCUGGAUUGGUGUGAGGCUGAUAUCAAUAUCCAUUGGUUUUUUGAUGGAUACUCAAAAGGGCGGUUUGAUCAAGAGAAUUGGCCGCAGAUAUUGAAACUGAAAGAUUGGCCACCAACUAAUUUAUUUGAAGAGCGCCUUCCUCGUCACGGUGCCGAGUUCAUUUGUUGUCUGCCUUAUAAGGAAUAUACUCAUCCUCGCAAUGGUCCUCUGAACCUUUUUGCCAAAUUACCUUCAGCAUGUGUGAAACCAGACAUGGGACCAAAGACAUAUAUUGCGUAUGGUUUUUCUCAGGAGCUUGGACGUGGAGAUUCUGUAACCAAGCUUCAUUGUGAUAUGUCCGAUGCAGUGAAUGUUCUGACACAUACUACUGAAGUGAAACUUACUCCUGAGAAACUUACUGUCAUCGAAAUGUUGAAAAAGAAACAUGCUCUGCAAGACCGAAGAGAAAUUUUUGGCAAUAGUGACAAGGCUGGUGGUGAUUCUUGUUUCAGUACUGCUGAUGAGAAACAAUUUCUUAAUAAAGUUGGAGAUGCUUCAAUGGGAUCUGAAUCUAAAAAGAAUGAAGAAGCAGAAUUAGAAGGUGAUGUCACUGAGGGAGGUGCAUUAUGGGACAUAUUCCGUAGACAAGAUGUCCCUAAGCUGCAGGAGUAUCUCAUGAAGCAUUUCAAGGAAUUCAGGCACACAUACUGUUGUCCAUUGCAGCAGGUUGUCCAUCCCAUACACGAUCAGACAUUUUAUCUUACGGUGGAUCACAAAAAGAAGCUCAAGGAGGAAUAUGGAAUUGAACCGUGGACCUUCAUUCAAAAACUUGGAGAUGCUGUCUUUAUUCCUGCAGGAUGUCCACAUCAAGUCAGGAACUUGAAGUCAUGCAUCAAAGUUGCAAUGGACUUUGUCUCACCUGAAAAUGUGGGUGAGUGCUUUCACUUGACAGAAGUCUUCCGCACACUUCCAGAAGGUCAUAGGGCUAAAGAGGACAAAUUGGAGGUAAAGAAAAUGAUUGUUCAUUCUGUCACUAGUGCUCUGAAGGAACUUGAUCAGACUGAGGUCUGAGGAAGACAUUAAUCCAUCUGCUUAAGUGACAAGAUCCAGGAUACAA